UAUUUUUAUAGUUCGCCCAAUUUGUUAUAGCUGACUUCAGUAUAAAUGUCACUAUCAAGAUUUUGUUGGAUGCUAUUUCGGCUUUUCUAUUUUUUAUAGCCUUCAACAUGUUUUUCUUCAAUAAUGUGGAACUAAAACAUCUGCUGGAUGAAAUUAUUAAUAAUCGAUGGAUGUUAACAGAUUCGCAAGAAAUUAAAAUACUAGACUAUUACGCUCAUCAAGGAAAAAAAGUUAUAAUUAUUAUUAUGUCGAUGCAAAUGUUCGCAAUAGUUACAGUCUCAGUAAGUGGACUGCUACCGGAUGUACUCGAUUUUCUACGGCCACUAAACGAAUCACGUGCACAUUAUUUACUAAUUAUGAAAGAAUACCGAAUAAAUGAGGGAGUACAGUAUUACUUUUUUUUUUCAUAUUCUAUUAUUAGUGUUACCAUUGGUACUUCUGCAACAAUAUUCAUCAUUUCGACAAUACUAUCAAUUAAUUUACAUUGCUGUGCAAUAUUCAAAAUUUGCAGUUAUCGAAUAAAACAAUUUGUGGACAAAGAGGAAAUAGCCAGCUGUAACAAAAAUAAUAUAAUCGUCGAAAGAAUAAUUAAAACAGUACAGCUUCAUCAAAAAGUAAAGAAACUUUUUAAGUUGUUUACGACAAGUUUUACGAUGACAUUUCUUACUAUGAUGAUGAUAGGCACGUGCGGCUUUGCUAUGAGUUUAUACAGCUUGCUGAACGCAAUAACAUGCAUGCACAAUUUAGUUGAAUGUCUGAUGCCGACAGGUUAUACUAUAGGAUAUGAGUUUAGUUUCUUCAUCAUAUCUUUAAUGGGGCAAUUACUGCUAAACCAUUCUGAUGAGUUAUUUAACGCACUGUACCUGUCAUUAUGGUACAAAGCACCUAUAACAAUACAAAAAUUAUUAUUAUUUAUAAUGCAAAUCUCCUCGAAAAGCUUAGUAACAAAUUUUGGCGGUGUAUGUGUUAUAACAAUGGAAACCUUUACUUUGAUCACGAGCAAGUCAAUAUCCAUCGUAACAGUGUUCUAUUCCAUACAGUAGUUUUAUAUUAUAGCGUAGAUUGUAGGAAGAAUAAUAACUCGUAGUGAUAUAUGCAUGAUAAAAUUUUCUGUAGUAAAAUAAAAAAUAAAGACUUGAUCAAAUAAGAAAAUA